AUGGCAGCACGGCGCCCAGAAGAAGAUAAAUACAACAAUCAUAAGGAUGAUGAGGAGGUGAGCGAUGAUGAAGGCUACACGGGAGCGUUCCGUGCGAAAAUCAGCAACUCGGAAGGAGUCAAGAAGGAUCGCACAUCCACGGAUUCUGCAGAGUAUCUCUCUGGUCUGGAGCUGGGAGGAUCGGGGUUCGAGGAAACUGCUUCCAUCAAUGGCUGGCUGGCUGGAUCCACCGGUGGAGUAGCACCUGGAGACAGCAGGGACAGCGGGAUUGCCGCUGCAGUGUCGCUCCACGUGUCGCGCCUCUCCUCGCCGCCGCAUGCCCCGCCUCCUGGCCUCAAGAUGGCAGCGGCGUGUCGUCAGAAGCCUUCAGCCGCGGAAAAUUCGUCAAAGAAGAGAAAGGCGGAAGUUGGCAGCGACACGUCAAAAAGGACGACGGACAAAGCGUCGAAACAACAACAACAGAAAAACAAAACAUUAAACAUGUUGAAAGUGUUGGUGAGGGAGCGACUCGUUGCGGCCGCUGAUGAAAUAUUCGGGCUUUUCGAAAGAGCGAUGGUGUCGUACGAGGAGGAACUUUCUAGAACGAAAGAGGAGAACGAGCGACAGCGUCAACAACUGGAGGCUGUUUAUCGCAACGUCCCCCAGCUGAUCGGUCGUCAAGAACAACGUCCUCCUGCGCCACACACGGGGAUCUCCACCUUGCAGCCGGAGGACGCACAGCUCCCCCACAUUAAAGAGGAAGAGGAAGAACUGUGGACCACUCAGGAGGAAGCCGAUCUGACCGUCGUCUCCGUGAAGACUGAGGACGACGGAGCACAAGACGAGCUCCUGGCGCCGCUGUCAGACAGCGACGACACCACGUCGCACUCUCGUGAGGCCGAAGACCGGGAUGACCACCGGGAGCCUUUGAGCAACACAGACUGCAAGGGAGACGUGCGGACUCGCACCGACGACAAACAUUCAGAAUGCUCUGGAAUGAAGGCAACUCUUAACACGAGGAGACCUUUGCACGCACAGAUGAACUCUAAAAAAAGCUUCGGUCGCUCUGUUUGGGGUAAAAGAUUCUCUCACCGCUCCGGUUUGCUUUUACACACCGAGGGGAAAUCUUACAUUUGCUCGGUGUGCGGUGACAGCUUUUCUCGCAAGAGCAAUUUCACGCUGCACAUGAGAACGCACACCGGAGAAAAGCCUUUCAGUUGCUCUGUCUGCGGUAAGAGAUUCUCCCAGAAGUCCAACAUGGUGUCACACAUGAGGAUACACACCGGAGAAAAGCCCUUUAGUUGCUCGCUCUGCGGGAAAGGGUUCUGCCAGAAGACCAACAUGCUGUCGCAUAUGAGGACACACACGGGGGAAAGACCUUUCAUUUGCUCAAUCUGCGGCGAGACGUUCGUCCAGAAGGUUUCUCUGAUUGCCCACGAAAGAACGCACACGGGAGAAAAAGCUUUCGAUUGUCCAGUUUGUGGGAAAAGUUACUCUUAUAAGAAAACUUUGGCAGCGCACAUGCGGACACACACCGGAGAAUGAGCCUGCUCACACUAAACACGGACGUUUUAAAGGCCUACUGAAACCCACUACUACCGACCACGCAGUCUGAUACUUUAUACAUCAAUGAUGAAAUCUUAACAUUGCAACACAUGCCAAUACAGUAUAAUUAGUUUACUAAAUUGGAAUUUUAAAUUUUGCGCCGAAGUAUCCUGCUGAAACGUGGUAUGAUGACGCGUGCGCGUGACGUCACGCAUUGUAGAGGACAUUUUGGUCCAACACCGUUCCCAACUAUAAGUCGCCUGUUUACAUCGCAUAAUUCCACAGUAUUCUGGACAUCUGUUUUGAUGAAUCUUUUGCAAUUUGUUCAAUGAAUAAUGGAGACGUCAAAAAAGAAAGCUGUAGGUGGGAAGCAGUGUAUUGCGGCCGCCUUUAGCAACGCAAACACAGCCGGUGUUUCAUUGUUUACAUUCCCGAAAUAUGACGGUGAAGCUUUACUUUGGAACAGAGCGGUCACGCGAACAUGGUUGGAUUGGACCACACACACAAAGUACAGUGUAUUAUGCAGCGAUCAUUUUGAAAGAUCGUGUUUCGGAGAGGGUCCCUUGCGAAGGGCAGAGAUGGGCAUCGCCACCACCCGUCGACUGGUGCUGAAGAAAGGUGCGGGGCCGACCUUCAGGUUUUACAGGUAAACCAAUUUAAUCUCACUAAAACACUAGUAACACAAUAAGCAGAUAAGGGAUUUUCCAGAAUUAUCCUAGUAAAUGUGUCUAAUAACAUCUGAAUUGCUCCCACUGUAUAGUCGUUUUUUUUCUUCUUCUAGUCCUUCACUCUCACUUUCCUCAUCCACGAAUCUUUCAUCCUCGCUCAAAUUAUUGGGGAAAUCGUCGCUUUCCUGGUCUGAAUCGCUCUCGCUGCUGGUGGCCAUGAUUAUAAACGAUGUUCAGAUGUGAGGAGCUCCACAACCCGUGACGUCACGCGCACAUCGUCUGCUACUUCCGGUAAAGGCAAGGCUUUUUUAUCAGCACCAAAAGUUGCGAACUUUAUCGUCCAUGUUCUCUACUAAAUCCUUUCAGCAAAAAUAUGGCUAUAUCGCGAAAUGAUCAAGUAUGACACAUAGAAUGGACCUGCUAUCCCCGUUUAAAUAAGAAAAUCUCAUUUCAGUAGGCCUUUAAACAUAGUGAUAUACUACACCUACACGUGAUAUCUAUUCAAAUCAGCGUGCACAGGAACCAGAAAACAUUGUGAAUGUAUUUUUAACUGCAUGUUUGUUUAAGACGCACGCACUGCAGGAAAUUAAUCCGAUAAGUCAAUAACUUUCUGGUUUAUGUUUUCCUGGCCAGUUUUGUGCUAAAAGCUUACACGGAAGUGUAACGUCACAUGUGAGAACUCCCCCCAACAAAGUACACACAAUCUUCACAGUAAACAUUUAUCCAAAACUUUGGAAAUGUAUGCUUGGUGGAUAAUUUGUUUGUUCUGACUUUGAUUAUUGCCAAUAAAUAUUGUAGAAAUCAA